AGGCUCUUUGCUCUCGACGUCGAUAGUCGAAACCCUUCCUCACCUUCAAUAUCGACUUUAAACAUGGUAGAGCCAAUUCACAACCCAACCCCCAAAUUUCGCGACAUCGCAAAGGCGGUCGAGGGCCUGACGCCCUCGCCCGAACAGCAGGAGAUACUCAAGCUAUGCAAGAACAUCCACAAGUCAGCGUUCAAGGGCGAAAUCCAGAUCGCUCAGCGAGCCAUCGACAAUAUCACCACUGUCGAGAAGCUCCUUAAGAUGGUCGGCGGUGAAUAUCAGAAGGGGUUUCCAGCUGGAAACCACUUCGAGCGCACUGAUUAUGUGCAGACGUUGCUGGAGCGUCUGUUGCCAAUCAUUGAGACGAUCACCUCCAACGCGAGCAAAAAAAACCACGAUGAGCUCGUGGCUCUCCGAAAGGAGAAUCAAAAUCUCAAGGCCGAAAAAGAGGCCUUCCUUCAGCGCUUGCUGAAGGACCCUUUCCUCAUCGGAGAGGGUAGCGAUAGCAAGUCGUCUUGACAACAUAUCAGACAGAUCUGUGCUUCCUCGCUCUUCUGACGUUUCGAUUGUACUCAUCACCUCCGUACCGCGCGGAUGGACAGCUGUGGAUCACGAAUCGAGACUCGUCAAUCUUCAAGGCUGGCACCGCGCCGCAACGACGCUUGAAGUGUGCAUGAUUCAUACCUUCCCCGCGCUCUGUAUGUCAGGACCGACUCCCGGGCAUAGAACAUCCCUGACGCAACACAGAACGAGGAUUUGAACAAAUUGAGAUUUUCC